AUGGAUCAAGAGUUCAAUGCAUUGCUUCACAAUGACACAUGGUGUUUGGUACCAGUGAAACCUGGGAUGAAUGUCAUUGGUUGCAAAUGGGUGUUCCGCACGAAGCGUAAAACUGAUAGGAUAGUAGAGCAUCACAAAGCUCGUUUGGUAGCAAAAGGUUUCAAUCAGGUUUUCCUCCUGGUAUAUGUUGAUGAUAUUCUCCUGAUUGGUCUUAACUCCAAUUUGAUCUCCUCUUUGCUUCAACGCUUAUCCAUUGUGUUUAAGAUUCGUGAUCUAGGCACACCCAGUUUCUUUCUUGGCAUUGAAAUAGUCUUUGUUGAUGGUGGGGCCUAG